AUGGCUUCUCUGAUUUGUUGCUUGCGGCCUGGAUAUCAUAAUUUGGCCGCAUCUUUGAGCACAGUUGCAUUGGAUCAAAUCCGUGCUGCAUCUACUGAUGCCCUAACAAAGAUCAAUUUUUUCAACGAAUUUGAUUCACUGUUCGUGAGAAAUCAUCCGUUUGAAGAUGCUUUUGAUCAAUUUAUUAGGAUUAGCCUUCCUCGAACAUAUCAAGAAGAUGUUUUCCGAGAAAUGUACAACGCUGAUUGCAUAAGCAGCUGCAAUGAUAUGAGGAGUAUAUUUGUGCGUAAAUUAACUCCAUUGCUGAAAGAGGCAUUGUCAGAAAGGAUCGUGGAUUUUGAUUUUUGCAUACCUCACAGCCAAGAAUCUCCACUGUAUCAUAAAUUGAUUGGUAGCAAAACCAAGAAGAUCGGUGAAGCGGAUUUAUGUUUGGAGCUUCCUUUAGUAACUGUUUGA